AUGGACAAUGAAAGUGAUAGUCAGAAAAGAAAAAGAGCUGGAAAAGAAGAAGUUGUAGACAAAGCGUUAAAGGAAUGGUUCUUACAAGUAAAGAAAAAAGAUGCCUAUAUUAAUGGUCCACUUUUACGCCAAAAAGCAGAAGACCUGGCAAAGAAAAUGGGGAAAGACGAUUUUGUUGCGACGGAAGGAUGGUUUCAACGUUGGAAGAAAAGGGAGAACAUCAGCUUCAUUAAAACACACGGAGAGCAAGGGGAAGCCGAUUUUAGUGCGGCACAAUCGUGGUUUAAAACUCAUUGGACCGAUUUGCUAUCCCAGUACUCCCCCUUUGAUAUUUUCAAUGCCGACGAGACUGAGCUUUAUUUUAGAGCUCUACCCGAAAACACAUACGCACUCAAACUUGACAAAGCCAAAGGGGGAAAAACGAAAAUUGAUGGUAAUAGGUAA